CCCACAGCAGAGCACCCGCCGAGCAGAGACGCCAGCCCGCCCGCCACGAUGCUAGGUAGCAAGCGAAUGGGGCUGUGUGGACUGACCCUCGCUCUGUCCCUGCUCGUGUGUUUGGGCGUGCUGGCUGAGGGAUACCCCUCCAAGCCCGACAAUCCGGGCGAGGAUGCUCCAGCUGAGGACAUGGCCAGAUACUACUCUGCUCUACGACACUACAUCAAUCUGAUCACCAGGCAGAGAUAUGGCAAGAGGUCUAGCCCCGAGACACUGAUUUCAGACCUCCUAAUGAGAGAAAGCACAGAAAAUGUCCCCAGAACAAGGCUUGAAGAUCCUUCCAUGUGGUGAUGGGAAAUGAAGCUCCCUCUCCCGGUUCUUCCUGUUCUCCAUCUCAUCUCAUCCUGUGACACCAGUCUGCCUGUCCCACCAAUGCAUGCA